GAAGGAACAUAUGUAGAGCAGAUGAAUUCCUUUGCAACAAUUCACUCUGUAAACUCUAUUUUUGGGUUUGUGAUGGAGAAGAUGAUUGUGGAGAUAACUCAGAUGAAUUUCCUGAAAUAUGUCUAAAUUUUCCAUGCCCUCCAACCAGGCCGUACCGAUGCAGAAAUAAUCAUGUUUGUUUGAAACAUGAGCAAAUUUGUAAUGGGAUUGAUGACUGUGGUGAUGAUUCAGAUGAAGAUCAUUGUGGUUACAAAACUACAUAUAAAGCCCGACCUUGUAAAAAGAAUGAGUUUGCUUGUAGUAAUAAGAAGUGCAUACCUAUGGCACUAGAAUGUGAUCAGUUUGAUGACUGUGGAGAUGGUUCAGAUGAACAAGGCUGUAAAACAAGCUUGACUGAAUACAACUGUGAAAAUAAUGUGAAUCCUUGUGGUGAUGAUGCAUAUUGUAAUAAAACCAAAUCAUCAAUUUUCUGCCAAUGUAAGCCUGGAUUUCAGAGGAAUAGGAGAAACUGGCAAUGUGAAGAUAUCAAUGAAUGUCUAAUAUUUGGCAUCUGCUCACAGCUCUGUAUCAAUGUAAAAGGGUCAUAUAAAUGUACCUGUGAAAAGAACUAUAAAGAGAAAAACAGUAGCUGCAUUGCAAAAGGCUCUGAAGAUCAAGUUCUCUACAUUGCUAAUGACACUGAUAUCCUGGGUUUUGUAUAUCCAUUCAACUACAGUGAUGUUCAUCAACAGAUUACUCACAUUGAACAUAACUCAAGAAUAACUGGAAUGGAUCUGUAUUAUCAAGGGGAAAUUAUUAUUUGGAGUACUCAAUUUAAUCCAGGAGGCAUUUUCUAUAAAAAGGUCAAUGGGGGAGAAAGAAGACAAAGCAGUAGCGGUGUGAUAUGUCCUGAAUUCAAACGCCCUAGAGACAUUGCAGUUGACUGGAUAGCUGGAAACAUUUACUGGACUGAUCAUUCCAGAAUGCAUUGGUUUAGUUAUUAUACAACUCAUUGGACAAGUUUAAGAUAUUCCAUCAAUGUGGGACAAAUAAGUGGACCAAACUGUACAAGACUCCUUACAAAUAUGGCAGGAGAACCAUAUGCAAUUGCCGUAAAUCCUCUGAAAGGCAUGAUGUAUUGGACUGUAAUUGGAGAUCGUUCUCAUAUAGAAGAAGCAGCGAUGGAUGGUACUUUGAGGAGGAUAAUUGUACAAAAAAAUGUACAAAGACCAACAGGUCUAGUGGUUGAUAACUUCAGUCAACGCUUGUUCUGGGCUGAUUUUGAAUUAUCAGUAAUUGGAAGUAUUCGUUUUGAUGGCUCUGAUUCAGUUAUAUGUGUUGGCAGCAAACAAGGCUUACUACAUCCCCAUAGAAUUGAUAUUUUUGAGAACUAUAUAUAUGGAGCUGGACCUAAAAAUGGUGCAUUUAGAGUGCAAAAAUUUGGCCAUGGUAUUGUAGAAUAUUUGAACUUGGAGACUGAUAAAACAAAAAGUACCUUGAUUUCACAUCGCUACAAACAAAUACACUCUCUCAAUCCUUGUCUGCAGUUAACCUGUGAGUUCCUGUGUUUACUCAAUCCUUCAGGUGCAGCUUGCAUAUGUCCAGAAGGAAAGGCAAUGUUUAAUGGAAAAUGCAGUGAUUUGAACGUAUUAGAUGAGACUUGUAAGCUGGCUUGUGAAAAUGGAGGUAGAUGUGUUAUAAAUGAAAAAGGUGACCAAAGAUGUUAUUGUUGGCCAAGUUAUUCAGGAGACAGAUGUGAAAUUAACCAUUGUAACAAUUAUUGUCAGAAUGGAGGAACAUGCAUAGCUUCAGUUCUUGGAAGACCUGCAUGCAUCUGUACACUGGGGUUUACAGGUCCAAAUUGCAAUAAAACAGUCUGCGAUCAUUUUUGUCAGAAUGGAGGAACGUGCACUAUCACUGCUGGAAAUCAGCCCCACUGUCAAUGUCAACCUAAACAUACAGGGGACAGAUGUCAAGACUAUAUUUGCCACCAUUAUUGUGUUAAUUCUGAAUCUUGCAUCAUUGCUGAUGAUGGCAAUGUAGAAUGCUUCUGUCCUCUACAAUAUGAAGGCACAAAAUGUGAAACAGACAAAUGUGUAAAAUGUCAUGGAGGUCAGUGCAUCAUAGACAAGAAAAACGAUGACAUAAUGUGCAACUGCACAAAUGGAAAAAUUGCAUCCAGCUGCCAAUUAUGUGAUGGCUAUUGCUACAAUGGUGCGACUUGCCAAUUGGAUAUAGAGACAAAUAUACCUGUCUGUCUAUGCCCUACAAACUGGUCAGGUACACAGUGUGAAAGGCCAGCUCCUAAGAGCAGCAAAUCUGAUAAUAUCAGCACAAGAAGUAUUGCAAUCAUUGUUCCUCUGGUCCUCUUGGUGACCUUGAUUACUACUUUGGUAAUAGGUUUGCUUCUCUGUAAAAGAAAACGAAGGACAAAAACCAUCCGACGACAACCAAUAAUAAAUGGAGGACUCAAUGUAGAAAUUGGAAACCCAUCAUACAACAUGUAUGAAGUGGGGCAUAAUCACAGUGAGAGGAGUCUUUCAGAGUUCACAUUAAAUCCAGAAAAGGGCAGAUACAUAGGGGGAGGUCCCACAGUCUUCAAGCUCCCCCACACGGCACCACCCAUCUACUUAAACUCUGAUCUGAAAGGACCUCUAACAGCAGGGCCAACAAACUAUUCAAAUCCAGUGUAUGCAAAAUUAUACAUGGAUGGGCAGAAUUGCCGAAACUCCUUAGCAAGCAUGGAUGAAAGGAAAGAACUUCUUCCAAAGAAAAUAGAUAUUGGCAUAAGGGAGACUGUGGCAUAA